CAAGACUGUGGAAACGUAAAGAACGAUGAAUUGGGGAUUUCUAUUCAUAAUUCUCCUGAUUCGAGCAGCGUUAGAUUAAAGUGGAAAAGGUUCGUGUCCAUUCAUCGGAAGGAUUUCAACACAGUGGGAAAAUUUGCUGUGUGCUCGGAGCAUUUUACAAGGGAUUGUUUUACGCUUGCUUUUCCGAUGAAAGGCAUGAAAAGGAAUUUGAAGAAGGGGAUGUUUCCAACCAUUUGGAAAAAAUCCUCUCAAACACUAUCAAAGCGGAGUCGACGAUCGGUGAGUGAAAUUACAAUGUAUUUGCGCUGUACUUAUCACCAUUAUAUUUAUUUCCCCAUUUACCUGUGACAUGAUUUUUUUGGCAUCGUUGUUCAAUAUUCGUGUAAUGAAUGCUCUUACUAUUUGGACUUCCCAUAUUGUUGCAUGUGUUUUCAUACUUUUCUGCUUUCUUCUCAUAGUUAUAGUAAAACGGGCAUUUGCGCUGAGUGGACGUGAAGUCAAUUCCCCAAUUCCCAGACCUUUCCACUCAAGGGUAAAAUUUAGAAAAAGUGAAGCUACAGAGAAAUCCGGCUCUCUAUUUUUUGAGAGAUUAUCUUGCUUAUCUUUGAGAUUUGACAGUACUCCAAACUUCCCUCCAAGAAAUCUUACAGCAAAUUAAGAGUUACACGCGAGUCUUUUAAAACGACCAAAAAUGGACUUAGUCUGAUUUCUACAUUCUAUAAGUUCAGUUACUGUUUGCGGUUUUUUUUUUCGUUUGUAUUUUAAUUCUAUUUUCACUGUCUGCAAAUGAUGCAUACAUUUUAAGGCAAAGAUGUGGUUAAACCUUGCUUCCAUUUCUAGUUUUGAAAACAUCGACAUAAAGCUCAAAUUUAAACUUGUUUUGAAGGGGAGAUAUAAAAACUGGUCGUACCUAUUUUCAGUUUUAGCUACUAAAUGAAAUUCUGGCUGGUCAAACUACUAAUGAGGAUACAGAGGAAGAAGACAAUCCUGAAGAAGAGGUGAUCUCUUUGAUUCCUGAACUUGAACAGGUUUCUAUGGUAGGCGCAUAACUCUUAAUUAAUGUUUAUUUGCAUCUUUGUAUUAUCAUAACAAUGGAAAACUACAUGUGCAGUUAUUUUAGAACAAUACUAAAACACAAAAAUUCUAAACUCUUGUCAUUACAGCCUGUAUUAAUGUUGAAAGUUUGUUUUUGGUAGGAUACUCCAACUGGACAUGCUGGGAAUUGCACAACAUGCAAAACCCUGAGGAGUGAGGUGACUCAGUUAAGGGGCAAAGUCACAAGACUGAAGGGUAAGUUAAUCUCCAAUCAAGAUCAGUGGGUUGAAACCUUUAAGAGCAUACAAGAGCCGAAGCAGUUGCUGAUGGUGAAUGCUGGUGAGUCAACAGUAAUUGAUGUUGAUGAGUCAUAUAGGCAUAACUGCCUAUCUUUAUAUUUUUAUUAUAUUUUAUCAAUAUUUGAUUAUUUAAUAAUAAUUAAAAUUGUAAUGGUGAUAGAAUUUUUUUAAUUCCAUUUGUUUAAGCUAGUCAAACUGAUCCAUGGCCAGUAACAAACGAGACAGAGUUAGGGCUAGAGGAUGAAUCAGAAGAUGAGCAGGAAAUGCAGGACGACGCAUAUGAGGAGUUUGAGUGUGAUGAAGACCCUACAUGGAGUCCUGAAGAAAUCGAAGAUGCAUAUAAAAAACUAAAGGAAGAUGAUGACUCGGUGAAGACUCAUCAGAACCCAAGGUACAAAGAUGCAAAAUUUAUUGCAUUUUAACAUCUUAGCUCUAAGUAUCCUCUGGGAAGUGAUUUAGGCCUAAAACUAACUUCCUUUAUGAGAGGAUCUAUUAAAAAAAAAGAGGCAUAGCCAGCCCAUAGACUGGAAGUCCCAGGCCUAAAAUGUUUGGUUUGUCCACUCAACCACUUGUAAUGAAUUAUGCAUCGUUGGGGUGGGCUAGAUAGCUUAAGGGCUCAAAGUUGUCAUGUGUGCAAUCAACAGAAUUAUUAUGAAAAAGCUUUUUUCAGGAUGUAUGUGAGAAUAAAAUCCCAACCCACAAUUAGCCAGGUUUACAACAAAUUGAAAAACUGGCAACACCCUGAGAAAAACAAUGAAAAUGAUAAUCAUUUUUUUUAUUGUUAUUUUAUUAUUUCAGAUGCUAUGAUUAAAUGAGUAUUUCCUUUCAAUCAUUUUUUACAGGUUGGAUCUACAAGAAAAAACAUUCGAGAGGAACCGAAGGGAAUUGUUUUCCUUUCCAAACUUCUUUUGUUUCAGUUCUGCCACUUGUGCUUCUUUUCAAAACCCAAACUUUCUGUAUCACAGACAGGUACCUUGUUAACCGUAGAAAGUUUCUGCAGAAACUGUAGCCAUACAAAAGUCUGGAAGAGUCAACCAGACCUGCUAGGAAAGUUUCCAGCAGGUAACCUGCUAUUAAGUUUUGCAGUGCUCUGUGAGCCGAGUGAAAAGAAAGAAACGAUACACUAAAACGGUAAUUUAAUUCAGGCUGAAUUCGAUUUAAUUUUUAUUACUUGUGUACAUGAAAAUUGGAGCAACAUCAGAAUUCCCAGCCACUAAACUUGAGUUUAACUGAAUGCUAGAAGAACAGGGCAUCACACAGUGGGCAAGUUUGUCAUUCAACAAAAAGCGAGUAAGUGGCUGAGAAUUCUGAAGUUUGGCCCAUAAAAUUAAGUGCUUACGGACACGUAUUCAAGCAACUAAUGUAGGUCCUUCUUGGCCCCAAUGGCAUACAUGACACUCUUCAAGAACAAACAGUGCAUUCAUUAUUCAUUUUCUUCAUCUUCGAAUCCACGAUAAUGGCCAUUUUGACUUGGAAAUUGUUUCCUGAUUUUAUUGUAGGCACAACAGGGCAAGGGGUAUCGCCUGGAACCACCAAUAUAACUCCACAGCAGUCUUGUAAAUUGGCGAUAGGUCACAGACCUCAGGAAUCUAGUUAUAGAAAUGAGAUCACUGUUAAUUCAAGGAGGGAUUGGAUGGAGAUAAAUAAAUACUCCUUUUAAAAAUAAGCAGUUGGGGCAAUAAAGCCAUUUAGAAAAUAAAAAAUGUGAUUCUAUGAGAUCAGUCCACGGCGAUAAGGUUAGAUGUAUCAAUUAUUCAAUGCUAUGUAAGGUUCGA